UCAGUCGUGUUUUUAUGGGUUGUUGUUUAUGUCGAUUGUAUUUUUUUGCGGAUUUAGAAAAGUAAAUUAUAUAGCGAAUUAGGUAGAUACAUAUUCUUUGCUAUUUAGUAUAAUUGUUAAGAAAGCCAUAAAGCUUAGCUGUGAAAAUAAACUUUAUUCCAACCCAUUAAUAUGGGGCAGGGCAAGAGCCAAUUUACAGAAGAAGAACUCCAAGAUUACGAGGAUCUCACGUAUUUCACAAAGAAGGAAGUGUUAUAUGCACAUCAGAAAUUCAAAGCGCUUGCCCCAGAAAAAGUGGGCCACAACAAGAAUGCCAAGCUGCCAAUGGCUAAAAUCCUACAAUACCCCGAACUAAGGGUCAACCCAUUUCGCGACAGGAUCUGCAAGGUAUUCAGUUCGAGUAAUGACGGAGACUGCACCUUUGAAGACUUCCUCGAUAUGAUGUCGGUGUUCAGUGAGAUGGCACCAAAAGCGGUCAAAGCUGAACAUGCUUUUAGAAUAUUUGAUUUUGAUGGUGAUGACAUGAUCGGCGUGUCUGAUCUCCGAGAGGUGAUAGAGAGACUAUGCGGUCCGGACCUGAAGCUGAGUGACUCGGAAAUACAGCAGUUGGUGCAGAACGUGCUAGAGGAGGCCGACCUUGAUGAUGACGGCGCCUUGUCAUUUGCAGAGUUUGAACAUAUCAUAGACAAAAGCUCUGAUUUCUGCCAUUCAUUCCGGAUAAGGUUGUAAAUUUUGUAGUUGACUGAACCUAACCAUAGUAACUUGCGGAUUUGGAGGUGGCAACAUUCACACAGCAGAUUUGAAUUGAGUAUUUUAAAAAUUCUUUAUAUAAGCUUAAGCACAAAUGAGCCGUGGACUAUAGUGAUGUGAAAUGGAAGCAGGCUUUACUUUGGAUAUCUUAUAAGACUGUUUAUUAAAGUUUAUACCACAACACUGCCAAAUAAGAACCUCUCAAAUAUUUACCACAGAAAAAAUUAGAAUCACUUAAUAAUCAUUUUACACAUGGAGCCUUGUGAACAGGCUUAAAAGGAGAGACUAAAUCAUAUUUAUGUUGUAUUAAUCAAUAAUUUUUAAAUUUUGUGAACUACCUAAGUACCUAGGUUUAAAUUUUUUAUAUUUCUCAAGUACAAGUCAUUAAAUCUCAAUUAACAAUGCAUUUCUACAAUGUAAUUUUACAAUGUUUAACAUUAGGUACCUAAAAAUAAUUUUAUGUGAUGGUGAUAAGUAGUCAAAGUAAAAUGUAAUCUCAAUAAAUGUCUUCCUAUUUUUUUUUACUUUAUUUAAAUAAGUAAGUGAAAGUGAAUCUCUUAUUUAAAUAUAAUUGUGUAUUUUAUGUUU